AUGCAUGCCCCUGCAGCGAGCCUUUUUCGGCUUGCUUUUCUUGUUGUGACGGCAACCGUCUCUCUACGAAUAUGUGCCGCUCAACAACAACCUCAGGAUGUGAAGCCUGCCCCAGAAGUUGGACAGUUGUUCACUGGGGUCGGUAACAAUCCCAUUUAUGGAGUGAAUUUGGUACCAUUCGGUCCAGAGGCUGGUGAUCAAAAAGUACAUCCUGGUAUGCUUACUUCGGGGCAAACCAUUGAUUUGCAUAUGUUCUUUCCAUUUUAUGGUGGACUUUAUAACUAUUCAACGUUAUCCGUUAAUGGCUAUAUAACAUUCGCAACCGUGCUGGAUCAAGGUCCAACAAUCAAUGUUGGAGUUGAAAGUACAGACUGGCCGAAACAACAAGAUCCGGCUAUGAUUGCGCCGUAUUUGUGUAAACAACAGAUAAUGCAAAAUCCUAGUCCGGGGAUGCGAACCGGUGUUUAUUAUCGUCUGGUUCUUCGGCAGUCGUUGUUUGGCCGUGGCUCAGGUAGCAAUAUGAAUUUCGGUGGUACAAUGCAACGGUCGAGUUUCUUUGGUCAGUCGGCGACUAAGGCAUGUCCAAGCACGUCAGAUUCAUACGUUCACUGCGACCAAUCGAGUGAUUAUUUCCUCGACGAAAUGAUGCGAUGGCUCAUGGGUAUGUCGUCGUGA